AUGCUGCUGUCUGAACUCCCCGCAGAAAUUUUAUACAUCAUCCUAGCCCAUCUCCCGAACGUCAAUGCAUUGGCCAAUCUGUCACAGACAUGCCAUCGACUCCACAAGACUAUCCUCGAUGGAGAGUCUGUCAUAUUUCGUGAAUUUGUGCAGACCCGAUUCCCCGGCAUUGAAACCCCGCCAUACUGGAGAGAUGCAGCACAAGCUCUGACCUCAAGGUCCCGUGCCAUGUACAAAAAAGGCAUCACUGCACGAUUUAUCGUGCCGUCAGACUGGACCAAACUUGGUCACCAGGGUGCGAUCGUCCGAGACAGGUCUACUCUGGGAUACAAACCUCCCAUUAGCUCGUACGAGAUAUGGAACGGCGGAAGCUGGGCUGAUCGGAAGGAAGUCAUGGCUUGGGGUGCUGGGAAUCAACUUGUGAUGCGGGUCAACCAACAUGGUCAUUCCAUGAAACAGCAAUGGGUUGUGCUCGAUGAGCUUGACGCUCUGGACGUCUACGAUGAUAUUCGUUCUCUUCAUCUACUAUCCUCGCAAAAACGGUACCAGAACGAUACCGACGUGGAGCAUCUGAUCUUCGGUCGGGCACGAGGCGACAUCAGUCACAUGGUCAUUUCUCACAAUGAGGGAAAAUAUGAGCAUAAGCAGAUAUUCAAGACAAAUGAGGCCAGUACCGUGGCAACAGACCUGAGUAAAGGCCCCAACCCUGUUUUGGCUGCUACGUUUCAGGGUGAUGCUGUUGGCUUUUAUCAUGCCGAGACGGACGAAGAAGAAAUCGAGCCAUUCGCGAUCCUUCACCCACUAUUCGGUACCAUUUCUACUACCAGAUUGCUAUCUUCAUCAACGGUUGCAAUUGGCACUGGACUGUCUGAAGGCUCUUUGUCUAUCUCGCAAAUUACACCAACUGGCGUGUCCCAUUUACAAGCAUACAGUCUGGGAGAACCUGAAUGGGCACGCAUAGAACACAGCUAUGAAAACCCGCCUGCGGUCCAAAAUUUAUCUAGGGAAACCUUCAUCGGCGCCAUAGAGCCUCUCGGUGCACACUCCCUCACAGGAGGUUCCCCUGGCGACGUCUUUCUCACUGCCUGGGAGAGUCACUCCGUAAGACUCCACGAUCUCCGCGCCCCAGACCCUGUGGUCAAUAUCUACGUUGAUAACACGGACACCAAUCCCAUCUACAGCCUCCUUUCCUUCGGCCAUGAUAGUUUCCUAGUUGGAAGCGGCGGCGAGGGCUUGGUCAAGAUCUUCGACCUGCGGAUGGGCACAAAAUCUCGCGCCCUCGAUACCCAGAUGGAGACUGGCUAUUCUUACAGAGCCCCGCCACACCAUUACCCCGAGUAUGGUUUCUCCACGUUCCUCUCCACUCCCGCACCAGAUACAUUCACCAACGAAGCCGCACACCCAUUCGCUCGCUACCGCGAAUCACCUAGUGGCCACCGCCAACCAAAUAGCUACCGCGGCCCUGUCUACGCAAUGUCCUCGCCUUCUCCGUCCUCGCCGACCGUCUACGCGGGCGUCGUUGGCGGUAUUGUCCAACUGGACUUUGUGUCCACGGAUGAUCUGUUCGGUCCGAACAGAGAAUGGUGCCAGAAGAACCUAGGUCUCGAUCUGAACACGACUGAAACUCAGUUUCCGGACCCGAGCACUCAGGUGAUGAAUUUGGGAGGUUAUGAGCGUCCGGCUCCGUAUGAUUUCGGAAGUGUUUCGAAGUUGCGGCGUCAGCGGGAGUUCUGGAAGAUUCCACCUGAGGAUAUGCUUAAUGGAUAUGGGCAAGACUCAUGGGAUUGGAGAUGGGGGAACGUAGAGCAGCGUGGAACUUGGAGGAGCUUGAAUGAUUCAUAG